GCCCAAUAAGGUGUUUGUGACCGGAAUUACCGGCUAUAUUGGUGGCGAUGCAUUCCACGUCCUCCAACAAAACCAUCCGGACCUUGAAUUCUCAGCACUAAUUCGAACCGAAGACAAAGCCCGGAAGGUUCAGGAGAAGUACCCAAAAGUACGGGUAGUUCUGGGCGGGUUGGACGACGCAGACAAAAUCGCCAAAGAAGCUGCUUGGGCAGACAUUGUGAUCCGUACGCUUGAGUAGCUGUAUAAAUCCUCGGAAUCGGAGUUUCUCCGGCUGACAGCAGGGACGAAACAAGCAGACACCGCGGACUCUUCGGACCAUGUUGGAGCCGCGAAUGCUAUCGCAAAAGGCAUGAUUGAAGGCCACAGCCCCGAGCGACCGGGAUACUGGCUGCAUACUGGAGGGAAUGGGAUCUUGAGCUACUUUGACUCGGAAGUACGCAAGGUCUCCGGCGAACCUGACGAUAAGGUGUUCAAUGAUUGGGAUGGCGUGGAUGAGUUGGUUAAUCUGCCCGCGGCUGCAUUCCAUCGAAAUGUGGACAAGAUCGUGUUGAACGUGGGUUCCAAAUAUUCCGACCGUGUCAAGACGGUCAUUGUAUGCCCUCCGACCAUCUACGGUCGUGGUAGGGGCCCUAUUUCAGGUCGUGGUCGCCAAGUCUAUGAGAUGGCCUCGUUUGUCCUGAAACAGAAGUAUAGCCCCCAGAUUGGAAGAGGUUUGAGUCGGUGGAAUAACGUGCAUGUCUAUGACCUAAGUAGGCUGUAUGACAGUCUAGUGCGGGCGGCUCUUGAUCCUACGAGAAAUAACGAUGAUGAAAUCUGGGGUGCAAAGGGCUACUUUCUUUCGGAGAAUGGAGAGCACGUUUGGGGCGAGUUGGCUAGGUUGAUAGGUCAGCAAGCUUUCAAGCUGGGUUACCUCUCACAGGAACCCCAGCAGAAACAAUGGUCUCUCGACGAGGCCAUAAAAUCACCCGCUGGUUUCGAGGCUGCUAGCUGGGGUUGGAACUCCAGAGCGACUGCUCUUCGAGCAAGGAAUGCGCUAGGUUGGAAGCCCCAGGAACAGAGCCUCGAGGCAGAGGUCCCUGAAAUUAUCCGCUCUGAGGCAGCUAGGCUCGGACUGUAAGAUACCGGAUGUCAAAUAAUAUGAUAUUAGGUCUCACACUAAGCAGAUUUCCA